AUCUCUCUACUCACUCUUCCUGUCUCCUCGUCUUGCUGGAGCCAGUAUUAACAGAUCCGGGUUCGAGCGUCCAGUCUCGCCGGACCUCCGACUGGCGGUCGCUGCUAUCUCUCUGGUACCGCGGUCUCUUGCGCGCUUCUCUCCAUUCGCUCCCACUCACCGGCUUGGGGGAAUGAAGGAUGUGGUAGGGAGCCCGGGGACCUGGAGUGGCAUGGCGCUGCGGUUGUCGCAAUGCGUGUCCGCUGGCGCAUCCAUGGGCGCUAUGGCCACAGCGUACGGCUUCUCCAACUACACUGCUUUCUGCUACUUGAUUGCUUCAAUGGGCCUACAACUUCUUUGGAGUUUUGGCCUUGCUUGUCUUGAUGUCUACUCUUUGAAGACUAAAAGAGAUCUUCACAACCCUGUGCUUGUAAGCCUUUUUGUUGUUGGGGACUGGGUCACUGCAAUUCUGUCGUUUGCUGCCGCGUCGGCGUCCGCGGGCGUGACCAUCCUGUUCGAGAGGGACGUCCACUUCUGCAGGAUGUACCCGCAGUUGUCGUGCGGCCGGUACGCGCUCUCGGUGGUGCUGGCGUUCAUCACCUGGUCCUUCAUCGCAACUUCUGCUGUCUCCAUGUUCUGGUUGCUGCCGUCGCUCUGAUGUGGCACGGAAGGAGCCUGCCGUGUCGUCCUGUUUAGAUCCGUUUGCUUCAGCAGCUGGUUGAUGCCCUGGGUCGCUCUGGGUUGUGUGCUUAAGUAACUAUCAGGAUCCUGAUCUUAACCGGAUGUACUCUGCUGGAGACGAGAAAUUAUCUAGUGUAUUUGUUAAAACAAUGAGGUGGUUUAUCUUCUUAUUUCUUUUUUUA